UUCUUGAAAUUUUAAGAAAAUAGGGUAAUAUAAAUAAAUGAAAAUUUUAGUUCUGACCCUAUGAAUGAUGUCUCUCAGCCUUUGAGCGGAGAUGCUGUUCAGUAAUAAAGAAGCAGUUGCCUGUGUAGAUAAUCCAGCAAAGAAACUUUGUUUGAGUACGAACAAAGCAGAUAAAUAUUGCUGAGAGAUAAAUGAAUUCAACAAUAAUUGUGGGGAAGCUUACAAUGGAGUCUGAAGUGAUCGCCUUGAACCACUCGGAGGAAAUGCUAAAUAUCUCCUAGCUUCCUUCGCUAACGACUGUGGUACUUACUUCUACUACGUAAAGCCCUCAAACUCCUCAAGUCCCCCUCUCUACACUGAAACACGUACGAUCCCUCAAGGCCAAAGCUGUAUAUUCAGGAUCAGGAAUGACAACUGGGACAGUCACAGCCUGAAGUUUCAGCUAGGCACACAGAUCAAUGUGGAUGCAUACGUGUAUGAGCUGAAGGGAGAACCUCAAGAUUAUGAUGAGAAUAGCUUUGAAGUUAGAGGUGAAUUACUGCCAUAUGGGCGGUAUGAAGAUGAGAUUAACAUUGAAGCUUUUAAAUUUGCUUAUGUUGUGGUUACUCCUAAUAACAAUAAUGGAGAUUUGGAUACUGCUGGAGAUGGUAUUUUUGGUACGAUAGUAUCAUCCGUUGAUGAAAAUGUGGAUCCUUAUGACCCAGAUGAUUAUCAUGGCAUGGCAAUUGGUGCUAUUCUUGGAAUCGUCUUUGGUUCUCUUAUCUUUGUCAUACUCAUGUUGUCUAUCCUGAUCUGAAUCUGUAAAAAAUGUAGAUCAAAACCAUCCCAAAGAUGUCCUCAAGAAGAAGCCAGAUACAGAAUGAUCACAGAAGAAUCACCUCACAAUCUUCAAAUCAACACAGCUCCACCUCCAAGACCACACCCUCAAAACGUCCAAUAUGGUAUCCAAAACCCAUACCCUCAACAAAUCCCCACUGCCCACCCAAUCCAACCUCCUCAACCCUCCACAGGAAUGGUCACUUACCCUUCAUCCUAUCACCCAGCUGCACCAGUCAAAAGCUCUAAAGCCUAAUAUCUAUAUCCUAAAAUCUUUUUCUACUUCCUCUUCAUUUCCCUUCAAAUUUCCUAAACUACCUCCCUUCUCACCAGGAAUCCCUAGUACCUUCGAC